AUGACCACCUUAACAGUAGACAUGUCUGCCCCUUCUCCCCAGAAGCCAAACCAACUAGAUCGGCAUGGAUAUCUUUUCGGCUUAAAGAUCCGAGCUUCCAUGUCGCCGUUACUGCACAAGACAAUCUACAAUGAACUUGGUCUGAAAUGGGAACAACAAUUGUUUGAGUCCUCGGACAUUUCCGAGUUCCUCGACCUUAUCAAGGAUCCUAACUUCUACGGAGCAUCGGUCACAAUGCCAAACAAGGUUGCCAUCAUGAGAUACCUGGAUGAUAUGACGGAAGAGUGCCGGGAAGUCGGUGCUUGCAACACCAUCUUCGUCAGGGAACAGGAUGGCCGGAGAAUCUUCUGCGGCACCAACACGGACGUCGUCGGCAUCCGGGAGUCCUUCUAUCAGAACGUACCGGACCCCGACGCCGUCUUUCACGACAAGCCAGCAAUGGUCAUCGGCGGCGGCGGCGCAGCCCGCAGUGCCGUCUACGCUCUGCAGAAGUGGAUGCGCGCAACCAAGAUCUAUCUCGUCAACCGAGAUGCCAGCGAAGUGGAUGCCGUUAUAGCUGAAUGUACGGCGCGUGGCUAUGGCGACAGGCUCGUGCACGUCGCGACCGUUGAGCAAGCCGAGGCACUGGAGGCGCCCGGAGCCAUUGUGGCAUGCGUACCCGACUUCCCGCCCAAGACAGAAGAAGAGAUACUGGCGAGAGCGAUCAUGGUGACCUUCUUCAAGAAGGAGAGGAAAGGCAGUAUCCUCGAGAUGUGCUACAACCCGAACCCCUACACGGAAAUUGGCGGCAUCGCUGAACGUGAAGGCUGGCAAGUCAUAUUAGGCACAGAGGCCCUCAUCUGGCAAGGCCUCGAGCAGGACAGGUACUGGACAGGCUUGCCGCUGAACGAGCUGCCCGUCAAGGCGGUCAAAGAAGUUAUCGCCGCACGACUUUCGCAGAUUUCGAAGCUGUAG